AUGAAGCCUGAUACUCCCACUGACGCCUUUGAAUUUGGCGGUCGGUCGUACAUUCUGAUGUCUCACAGGGCUUCAGUAUCGUACAACUCACCUAUAGUUGUAUCGGGUGUGCAACUCCACCAGGAAACGGCCGAUUUAGCCAGUGUUGGUAUUGAUGCCAGCCAAAGUCCCUCUGAUCAUGACUCCCCCGACGAGUACGUGCUGAGUUAUCCGCCAAUGCCCAUUGAGGGACACGCUUAUGGCUCCUCGAUGAAUAUCGGGUAUGGCGGUAGCCCCGACGCCGAUUCUGAUAGCACCACUCCGUUGGUGGACAGAAACAAGAAGUUUUAUGCUGGAGAGGAAGGUUCUCGGGCGUAUUUUGGCUCCGACUUGGAAUCAGGCCUUGUAGGUCUGGACUUGGUCAACGAGGCUAGUCUCAAUUUACCUGCCAUCGAGCAGAAGAGACUAGCAGCCGAGGGAAAUUCGUCAAGGCCAAAUUUUGCAGUGAGAGCUGCUUCAUACUUGCCUGCAGUGUUCUUAGGAACGUUAUUGAACGUUCUUGAUGGUUUAUCGUACGGAAUGAUCAUGUUUCCUCUUGGAGAGGCCAUUUUCUCGGGCAUGGCACCCUCAGGGUUGUCGAUGUUUUAUAUUUCGACUGUGAUUUCGCAAUUGGUUUACUCGUUAGGUGGAUCAGCGUUCAAGUCGGGAAUCGGCUCGGAAAUGAUCGAAGUGACUCCAUUUUUCCAUUCCAUGGCGUUGUCCAUCAAUGCUGAAAUGAAUGGUCAAUCGAAGGAGGCCAUCUUGGCCACAGUCAUCGUAACCUAUGCCAUUUCUUCUGUGGUCACGGGUAUCAUUUUCCUUUUGCUUGGAAAGCUCAAAUUGGGAUCACUUGUGGGUUUCUUUCCCAGACACAUUUUGGUUGGCUGUAUCGGGGGUGUUGGAUACUUUUUAGUGGUCACUGGUGUGGAAGUCUCAUCCAGACUUGAAGGUGGACUCCGCUACAAUAUCCCAACUCUAGAAUUCCUUUUUGGCAACUACAUCACUCUUUUGCAGUGGACAGUUCCGCUUCUUCUCACAGUGAUUUUGAUUUUGCUCCACCAACGCAUCCACAACUCGUUGUUAGUGCCAAUUUUCUUUAUUGGUGUAUUCGUGGCUUUCCAUAUCAUUGUGGCUGCAGUUACCGGCUGGGACUUGCAGAAAGCCAGAGACUACGGUUGGGUGUUCCCUGCAGUGGAGGAUAAGGAACCAUGGUAUUCCCACUACAAGCUUUUCCGCUUCAAUUUAGUGGAUUGGCUUUCCAUUGCCAAACAGUUCCCAUCCAUGAUGGCCUUGACGUUUUUCGGUAUUUUGCAUGUGCCCAUCAACGUUCCGGCACUUGCUGUCACGGUCGGAAUGGAUCAAUGUGACGUCGAUAGAGAAUUGGUCGCUCACGGUUACUCCAAUAUGAUUUCCGGGUUUGUUGGCUCAAUCCAAAACUACUUGGUCUACACCAACUCUGUGCUUUUCAUUCGUGCUGGAGCAGAUGAUAGAUUGGCCGGUGUGAUGUUGGCCAUUGCCACGGCUGGUGUCAUGAUCACUGGCCCCGUUGUCAUUGGAUACAUUCCUGUUUGCGUGGUUGGCUCGCUCAUUUACCUUUUAGGUUACGAGUUGCUCAAGGAAGCCGUUUGGGAUACGUGGGGCAAAUUAAAGCUCAUCGAGUACUCUACAAUCAUCAUUAUCGUGGUUGUCAUGGGUGCAUGGGACUUUGUGUAUGGUGUUCUUGUCGGUAUCUUGCUUGCAUGUCUCUCAUUUGUCGUGGAGGCAGCCAGAAGACCGGUGGUCAAUGGAAUCUACACCGGAGUAGUGGCCCGGUCAACAGUGUUAAGACAUCCAAAGCAGCAGGACUUCUUGAAGGACGUUGGAAACCAGAUCUGUGUGAUCAAGUUGCAAGGCACAGUGUUCUUUGGCUCCAUUGGAGGUGUUGAGGCCACCAUCCGUGAAAGAUUCGAACGUGGCAGAUUCCACAAGAACCCAAUCAAAUACUUGAUCAUCGACAUGAAGGGAGUGUCUUCUAUUGACUUCUCUGCGGCCGAAGGUUUCAGAAGAAUUUUGAAUUUGACCAACGAGUUUGGCACUCAACUCAUUAUUUCGUCAGUGGAUGAAGAUGACGAAAUCGUUACUGCUCUUCGUGAUGCUGGCUUGUUUGACACGUCAUGUGAGUUGGAAAUCCAGUUGUUCAACACUUUGAACUAUGCCCUCGAAUGGUGUGAGAAUUCGUUCUUAAAGACCUACCGUACCUUGAAGACGACUGAACCUAAGCAGAUCCAAAGAGGCUCAGCAUCCUCACCGAGAACAUCGUCGCCAUCUUCUGGAGGCAAAUUGCUGAUCACGCAGGCACUUGACGGAGCCUAUGCCACCCCAAGAACCAAUCAGGUGUAUCAAGCAGCGAAGAGGACUGUCAAAGACGAACAAUUUAUGCAAAACAAGUUUUACUCGCAAGUGGAUUCAUCCUUCAAGAAACAGCCUUUGCCUCUUAUCAUGAUCACAUUCAGUGGGUUGUCAGACAAGGACGAGACGUUCUGGGCCACCUUGGCUCCGUAUUUCAUCAAGGAAAAGAUUCCUGGGGAUAUCACAUUCUAUGAUACUGGAGCAAAUUCACCGUCGUUUUUCUUGAUCGAAUCUGGCCUUGUCAGGUCCAUUUGCAAAUUUGAAUCUGACGACAGAGAGCUUCACUCAUCAAUAUUGCCAAAUACUGCUUUCGGCGAUUUGUUGGAGCUCAGCCAGUACAGAUCCAUCACAUACACCACUGUGAGUGCUACCGUGGCUUGGAGACUUAGUCAGCAGAAGGUCAACGAGUUGAAGAAAUCACCUGAGGGUCAGGCUGUCUUCAAUGAGCUUCUACUGGUUCAAACCAAGUUGUUCAAGGAGCGUUUUGAUACCUUGACUGCCAACCUUGUGAUUUCUGCUUAG